AUGUCUCCCACGGCCAAGCGUGUCAGCGUAAUCGCCACCAUCCCCAACGCCUCUAGCUUGACGGGAAUCGCAGAGUUAGAGAAGGAUAUAUUCCAUGUUACCGUUGCGAAUGUCACCGGCACACAGCCCACGGCUCUCGGGACAAAUGCUGUCUGGCGCGUUGAUCUGCGAGGCCUCGGGGUCGCUGUCAACGGCACCGUGACUAAUCCCGCGAAGACAUCGCUAGUUGCCAAGAUCCCGACUGCCGGGCUGUUGAACGGCAUGACCCCACUCGGACGCGUCCUUUCCCUCGACGUCGAGACCAAGGCUUACGAGACGGUCAUCGAGGAUGAGACCACCGCCGGCCGUCCCGAACGACUUGUCGCGGUCAAUGGCAUCCGCACACACGGCAAUGACCUCUUCUACGUCAACCAGGUCCGUAACCUGUUCUUCAAAGUCCCAAUUUCGAUGUCUACUGGACGUCCCGUUGGACCGGCUGAAGUGCUAGCCAACGGCACGGUACCGUUUGCCGACGACUUUGCUCUGUCUCAAGACGCGAAGCGAGCUUGGAUUGCCUUGAACUCCCAGAACGUGAUUGUCGAGGUGGAUGUUGCUGCUCGUACGAGUACUGUCAUUGUCAACUCCACCACAUUGGGAGAGGGUUCUUCAGUGGCUGUGACGGGUGGCCCGGGAUCAAGAAGCUUGUACGUCACAGGUUCUACGGUGGUUGGCAGUGCAUCUGUUGGUGCAGUUUUCAGGCUUGACGGCUAG